GGAAAUGUCUUUUUCGUCAAGUGCGCUCAUUGCGAUACACUUCCGAGCGCACCAGAUCUUCUGUUUCAUGCUCCCCACGGACUGUUCCGCCGAUAAACCUCACGAGGCCUUACAGCAUGCAGAACCGGAUCCUGUGGACCCUCGCAGGCACCAGAAAGGUGACGCUGUUAUUGGCCAUUCUGUGGGCAGGCUGUGAUGACACUGCCUUCCUUCAGGCCUGCCAAGAAACCACUGGAGCUUCGGACAACGGGCUCACUUGUGUGACCAAUUACUGGCUCAGGAUAAGCUGUGUGUGGAACACCACUGCACAACCUCUCAAUAAGGCUCCAUCCUAUUGGCUGGAAUUCCAACACUGCGACGAUGAGACCUUCCCAAAGCUCGAGUGCCGCCUGGCGAACGUCGGGGAGCACUUACGCUGCUCUCUCGAGCCCGAAAUGGAGGAAAGGGAAUCGUUCAUGUCUCACGAUUAUUUCGAAGUGACUCUCCAUUCCAAAAUGAGUGGAUAUCAAACCAGCGUGUCAAUGCAUUCCACAUUCCAACCCGCAAGUAACAUAAAACCAGAGGCUCCAAGCAAUUUGACUGUUGCCACGAAUUCCAGCGGCUACCUGUUCACGUGGAGUAGUAAUUAUGAGAGCCAUCCAUACGAAUCAUUCGAAAAUAAUUUGCGUUACCAGCUGUUGUACCACAGGACUGGAUCCCCAGAUGAGGGAACUGUAGUCCAUCCUCUGGGGAAAACACAGCACAUUGAUGACGUCCAUCUAGAAACAGACACUCAGUACACUGCAGUUGUGUCAUCUCACCCGGGUCCAGGUUACCGAGGGCAGUGGAGUGAGUGGAGCCCCCCGGUGCACUGGAGGACAAAGGCCAUCCCAAUGAGAGGGUUGGGAGCGCUCAGGUUUCUCUGGAAUAUAGCCUUGCCCGUGUGUGUCGUAGUCGGGAUCCUGCUCUGUUUCGUCUUCACUCCGACUGCCAGGCUAAAGGUAAAAGUCUGGCCCGUGAUCCCCACGCCUGCUCCGUAUUUUCAGCCUCUCUUCAAGAGCUACAGCGGAAAUUUCCGGAGCUGGCUGCUGUCCCAGGGCGGUCCGGGGGAGCCGCUCAAAGCGGAGGAGGUGGAGAAGAUCGAGACGGUGACGGAGGCGUGGCCCCUGAGGGGGGAGGAGACCCGCCCGCCGAGCCCCGCCUGGCGCCCCGCGCCGUCCCCCGCCCCCUACGUCACCGCCGGCAACGAGGUCUGGUGCGCGGGUGGCCCCGCCCCCUGCCCCGCCCAAGGGGACCGCCCCGACACGCCCCUCUCCAUGUCCCUGAUCGAGGUCGGCCUGGCGGAGAUCUUCGGCUCUCGGUCGCUGGGCCUGGUGUUGGCCGGUGAAGGGGAAUGGGAGUCCGAGGACCCCACGCCCGGCCUGGACUGGGAGCCCGAGAACGUCAUGCCCAACCUCGACUGGGGGCCCGGGAACCCCGCUCCUGACCUGGGCGGGGAGCCCAAAAACCCCAUACUUAGCCUGGACGGCUGCUGGCCCCGGGAACCUCUGACCGCCCUGCCCAAGGGACUGUGUGCCCACCAGGACUACUGCACCCUCUCUGGCCCCCACAACGAGCUCGUCCCCGGGGCCGCGCUCAGACCCACCGGCACCGGGGUGGACAAGGACCAUGGCUCAGGGAGCUCCCACAAUGCACUUGGCCCUCAAGCAGAGGUGGACGAUGACGAGAGCUGACGACAGUUGUUCCCGACUGUGUGUGUUUGUGAGUGUGUGUGCGUGGGUGUGAGUGGCUGUGAGUGUGUGUGCUUUUGUGUGCUUGUGUGAGUGUGUGUGUGUGCAUGUUUGUGUGCAUGUGUGUAAGUGUGUGUGUGCGUGUGUGUGUGUGUGUGUGCAUGUGUAAGAAACCCCUCAGAUACACCAGACAGUGCGUCAAAGACACCAACAGCAAGAAACCAAACUUAGCAUGUCGAGGUCACCGACUGUAAGAAACCCCUCCGCUAACCAAACAGUGGAAGUAUCUGAGUGCAUGUAGUCUUAACCGGUGCUACUGGAGCAGGUUUCAUUUAAUGUCAUUUCAGUUAACUGACUCCAAAAUAGUAUUUUAACCUUUCCUCUGUGCUAUGUUAUGCAUAGACGGAGGAGGCUGCUGUCCGCCAGUAGUGUGGCUUUAUACGACUUGCUAUCUGGCUUGGUAGAUGCGGACAUGUCUCUGGCUUGUGUAGCCUGCAAAAAUACAAUUGUGUAUCCUGCUACAACACUAGUCUAUAGGCAAGUGACUAUGGGGUGCAGAUGUCCUGAGUUCUAUGUGUAUGUUAGGACCUUAAACUUCUAGGUGUGCAGUGUUAAGAGUCAAUGAGGAAUGCCAGAAUAAAAUGAACACAGUU